AUGGUUUUCAACCUGUAACAUUUACUUUUUUUUCUGUUGAGUAUUUCCAGCAUUUUCUGUUUUUCCUCUUUGACCGCAUUCAUUUUUUAUUUAUAUCUCCUCCGGAUCGAUCACUAAUAUUACCAAGCCUCCUCGCAGUUGGCACCACCACCACCCUCCCUCUUUCAAUCUCUCUUGGUCUUGCACCUCUCGGCUCUACCCUGUCUCUGCAACUUAAAACACGUUUGGUUUCUAAAUUUUCCUAGUUCUAAUGAAAGAUCAGUGGAUCUGAAAUGCCAACUCUGUUUCUCCCUCCAAGAUGCUGCCAGACAUGCUGGGGAUUUCCAACGUAUAUUUUUAUAUUUUUGAACAACAUUCCAUGAAGAUCCAUUAUGGAGUGCCAGAGUAUUGCAUACAAAUCCACAAGCUAUCAAAAAUGUGCAUGCAAGUUACCUUUGUUGUGGAGCUGAUGUCAUCACUACAGCCACAUACCAGGGGGCUGUGGCAGGAUUUAUGAAGUAUCUUGGUUUGACACCAGAGGAGGCAGACCAGCUCUUGCAGUCAGGAGUACAGCUUGCCAAAGAGGCUAUUACUGAGUUUCUUUCAGAAUCCAGAAGCUCGGAAAGGCAAAAGCCCCUCAUUGCAGGUUCCAUUGGACCUUAUGGAGCAUUUUUGCAUGAUGGUUCUGAAUAUUCAGGGAAUUAUGUUGAACAGAUGACUAAAGAGGAAUUAAAGACUUGGCAUCGACCUCAGAUGCAGUCCUUAGUAACAGCAGGUGUGGAUCUCAUUGCAAUGGAAACGAUUCCCAGUCAGAAAGAAGGAGAAGCUCUGGUGGAACUUCUUAGAGAAUUUCCAAACACUAAAGGCUGGCUGUCAUUUUCCUGCAAGGAUGAGCGAUGUAUUUCCCAUGGAGAGAAGUUUGCUGAUGCUGUGAAAUUUCCAAUUUAUUCUGAUCAGCUGGUGGCAGUAGGAUUAAACUGCUGCUCCCCUGAUAUAGUUGGUCCGCUUCUUGCUACUGUUGAACAAAAUAAACGUCCAAAAGGAGGCUGGAUUGUAUAUCCAAACAGUGGAGAAAAAUGGAGUCCUAAUACAGGCUGGGAAAGUGGUCCAGUCAAAAGUCAACUAGCAAAACUUGCAUUGGAAUGGAAGGAACUUGGUGCUGAAUGGAUUGGUGGCUGUUGUCGAACUACUCCAGCUGAUAUAGCUGAGCUACGAUGUAUGCUGAAACCUGAUUUGUCAUUUAAAUGAGCUUCAAGGAUGGCCAAGAAUAUAAAUACUACCACCUCUCAAAAUCUUUAUCAACCAUUAAAGUUCUUGUUAAAUACUGUA